CACCAUCAGCUCCCACAUUGUUGCCGGAUCCACUACGCCCCAGAAAAAUGGUUCGCGUUCGCCGUAAACGCUCUCUAACGAAAGGCAGCCCGAAAACGUGGCUAAGGCGCUUGAUGAACAGUUCCCGCAGAUGGAACAAAAUGAUCGGCUUCGGCGACGACGAGGAGGAAAUCAUCGAGGAGAUCGGCAUCAACCGGAAGCCAACGAUUCCGUCGAUGCGGCAGCGAAACUCCCAACUGAACGCCCUGGAGAGCAUGCACCACAACGAGGAGCAGGAAAAGAUGGACGAGAUUCGGUCGGUGCUGAAGGAUCGCCGGAAAGGCAAAGCCAAAAAGGGCGUGGCGUUUGACGCGGAAAUGGUCCCCUCGGGAGGGGGCGCGGAUGGACUGAGGAAGCGAGGCGGUGGACUGUUGAGCAGUAGCAGUGGGGCGACGGGAGGAGAAGACGGUCAGGAAACGUUCGGGGACUCGUACAUGGUGGUGGAGUUCAGCGAGGACGCGUCGUCGGAGUCGGUGCAGUGGAUCAUCGAUAAGAUCCGGGGGAAGAAGGUUGACGGAGGGGCGGAGCUGUUGGUGAGGAAGGAGCCGUUGACGAAAGAAACCCAGUCCCUCGUCCUGCACAUCUCCGCUACGCAGAUGAAGUUCCUCGAGAUCGCCGACGACAUGGGCUUCAUGAAGCGCAGCAAAACCGGCAUCAUCCGGAACUUCAACGUGGCCUGUCUGGAUGACUUUUUCUACGACGAAAACAUGGCCCUCGAGGACAUCCUGACGCCCGCUGAUCGACAGAUCGUCAUCAAGUAUGCGCUCGAGAACAUUCGAGCAGCGGAACACGAGCACCACAUCCCGGGAACAAAGAUCCAGCUGUACCAUGGUCAGUCAAUCAUUCAAGCCGCCCAACACAAAGAAAUCAUCACCAACUUUUACUCACUGCACUGCAAACCACGACUGCGAAAGUUGCGCCACGUGUGGGUCAAACCGACCAAGCACCAACCGAUCGACGAAAUCCGAGACUACUUCGGGGAGAGUGUCGGCAUGUACUUCUCCUUCCUGGGAUUCUACACGUACGCGUUGAUCGUCCCCACCGUACUAGGACUGCUCCAGAUGGUCCUCUCGGAAGAAACGGAAACCGUCCCCUUUUUCUGUAUAUUCUACGUCGUCUGGAUGAAGGUCUUCCUGGAGCUCUGGAAGCGCAAAUCAUCAGCCCAUGCGUACCGCUGGGGAACGAUCACGAUGACCAACCUGGACGAACCGCGCGUCGGCUACUACGGCAAGCUGGGACGGGAUCCAAUCACCGGCAAACUAACCCCGCAAUUCCCCAAGUGGAAAACCUACGUCCAAAUGUACUUCGUAACGGCCCCCAUCAUCAUCCUGUGUAUCUCAAUCGCAGCCUUCGUGACGAUCUUCCAGUUCUACGUGGAAGAACAACUGGCGGAAUCGUUCGGAUUGGACGCACUGGUGAUGUACGUCCCGUCGAUUGUGAACGCGGUUUACAUUGCACUUUCGACCAUUUUGUACGACCGGCUGGCGACGUUUUUGACCGAUCGGGAGAAUCAUCGCACGCAGAGCCAGUACGAGCGGCAUCGGGUCAACAAGCUGAUCGUGCUCGAGUUUGUGAACAACUUUUUGUGCCUGUUCUACAUUGCGUUCGUUUUGCAGGACAUGAAAAUGCUUAAAACCCAACUUAUGAUGCAGCUGAUCGUGCUGCAGUUCGUCCAGAACGUGCUCGAAAACCUCUAUCCGUACCUCAAGAAGAAGGUAGGCCUCAUGACGACGCGACUCUUCACCAAGUCCCACUACGACCGGCUGGAGCGCGACUUUGAGGAACUGGACCAGUUGGGCGUACUCUCGCUGGACGGGGACGACCCGCGGAUCGUGCGGAAUCGCAAGGAGAACAUCCUGGAGGAGUACAACACGUACGACGAUUACCUGGAGUUGUACAUUCAGUUUGGGUACGUGGUGCUGUUUUCGUCGGUGGCGCCCAUGACGGCCUUUUGGGCGAUUUUGAAUAACGUCAUUGAGAUCCGGUUGGACGCUUAUAAGCUGUGUUCGUUCUUCAAGCGACCUUUUGCGCGUCGCACCAAGAACAUCGGCGCCUGGCAGUUGGCCUUCGAGACGCUGGCCGUCAUUUCGAUCAUGACCAACUGUGGCAUUCUGUAUCUGUCCCCGCAGAUGAGGGAACUGGCGACCAACUUUAGUGCAGAGGCGUACGCCAUCGCCUUUCUAGUCAUCGAGCACGUCCUGCUGGGCCUGACGUGGUUCAUCUACAAGGCCAUCCCCGAUACGCCCCUCUGGGUGAGGGUGGCCCUGGCCAAAGCGGACUACGAAUCCCGGCAAGCACUGAAACGAGAGGACUAGAGGUGCACAGACUUCCAAACCACCCCCACGAUGCGCUCGUCAUUACCCGCUGAAAAGCAGACACACGUGCCUACACAUUACCUACAAUAACCAUAAAGUAUAUUUUCGUACAAAACAAACGCUGACCGCCAUCAUUUAGCAAAGCUUAACAAUCGAAACGAGUGCCAAUGUGUGAUAUCUAAUAUUUAAUUCCGAUUUUUAAACAUUUUUACAAGAAAAAAAAACAGUUUGGAAAAGUGUUACAGCAAUUAACAGCUUCUAACCAGCUACGAUAAGCUUUCUUAGCAAUUGUGUACUUAUUUGAAUUAAAUGUUCAAAGUUUAUCAAUAUCAAAUUUUAUCGCACAACACCAACCAGAAUGCUCAGCGAUCUCGAAAUCUGCUGUUCCGGCGGUUCCGCAGCGUGUUCGACUCCCAUUCGAUGCUAACGUGAAAGGGUUAAUCGUGCAACAGAACUGUUUAAAAGUACUAGUCUAUGUAGAAGUGUUACGUCAAGGGUUUUCUUUUAAACAAACUUGCUCAGAUUGUUCAAAUACACGCACAUCUCACGGUUUUGGAAAUUGUGAUCAACAGUGUUGUUUUUACUGGAGCUUAAGUGUAUAAAUCAGUGGUUUUAAGUGAAAAAUAAAAUGAAAUUGUUAAACAAAUAUAAA